AUGUCCGCUCAAUUUCCAACCGUGUCCAUUCCUAAUUGGCAGACUCUCAUCACUAGUGCUCGACCCUCGUUGCAUGGUCGCACAGGCAAUGCUAUACUAACACCGUACACAUUCGAUUCUAUCUUUGCUUCAUCAAUGAGUGUUGGAAUGAAGAAUGGAAUUACCGGCGAUGGAUGGUGGUCUGUUCUAUUGAAUGGUCAUUUGACUCCAUUCUACGGUGACGGCACCAGUGCCACAUUCACGAACAAUUUCGAUGACGCGUUCUAUACUCAUGGUCAUAGUGAUCAUAAUAAAGAUAUUGCUUAUAAUCAACGAUUUCACGAUGCUAUCAACAGCCAAACAGUUCAACAACGAUCGAAUGCCAUUGUUCGCUUCGACUAUGAUUUGUUCUUGUCUUUUUAUGGUGAUAUUGACGGACAAUCCCAUUCAUUUGGCGUUCAAUCAUCGCAGACUCAAUCGGCUAUCGAUCAUAAGGUGGCGUUUGUUCGCGAAGGUAUCAAUGCGAUCACUGCACUUGAUGCAACGACACAGACUCGUACUAUAUUCAUUGUGACGAGUGAUCAUGGCCAUGUCAAUGUUGGUGGUCAUGGCGGUGAUGCAUAUGUUGAACAGCUGAAAGAUCCAAAUGAAAAAAAACAUCAACAAAGACAAUUACUGAAUUUUGUUGCAUUUUGUUAUGAUGAUUAA